UAUUGAAUGCGAAACCAGAUUCUUAUUGUUUCUGUAGUAGGUACUUGCCUCAAAUACAAUGUCAUCAUGGAAAAGUAUAAUAAAGAUAAUUCAAUUAAUCCUGUGCUUGAUAAUGUUCGUCUCAAGGAUCGCGUAAUUACAUACAUAAAGCAAUAGAAAAUAAUAAAUAGAAAAUAUGGAUCACUCGUGUGUACCACUCUACAGAUUCGUGCUAAACGGCAAAUUCAGUACAACUGCAACAAUAGUGCGUUACAUAAUAUAAAUACAACGGACAGGAACUUGCACACCUGCCAUUUCCAUUGCCGAAAAGAUUUAAUUUAAUUCUCUAAACAGGUACUUCUUCACGAACUAUCGUGCAACGUACUAAUGGAACGCGAGUCAUAGAUCGUUCGUGAGCUUCGUCGCGGCGUGACUUUAUCUGGCUCGCAAAUUCCUGAGAUUACCGCAUAAUCUUCUCGCAGCCGGCUAAUUGGAAUGGAUUAAUGGUUCUGUGUGGGAAGUUCGGUGGUCCGACGUGUACACAGGCAAACGCAUUGGAAUAAGAAUGAACCGAAUCUCUAUUGAUUCACCUGGAAACCAAAUCGAUAUCCGUACGAGGCACAGGGGCUCACUUCGUUGCAGAUCGGCCAACUUUCGUCGGAUCAACGGAGAGACCAGUCAGACUCGCCGAAUCGACCAUCGAAAAAUUCUCCAGUUCGAGCUGCGCGUUUAUGGCGAUCAUCACGUUCCCUCCUUUCGACCAUUUAAUUUCAAAUUUUAGCUUUAUCCUGCUUUAUGUAUCACGAUGACCAGUCAGGAAGGAGAGAAAAUUGUGGAUACGGAAAAUGACCUGGAUCAUGAUAAAGAAGAGCUUACGACCGAAACGAAGGAAGAUAUUUCUGCAACGAAACCACGUGCUAGAAGAUAUCUCACGAAACAUAUGAAAUUAUAUCCGGAAUUGUACAGAAGCGAUGUCUCGAUACAUCCAAGUUAUACCACUCUUAAAAAUCUACCUUAUUACGUGGUCUGCCGACGACGUGUACAGAGGACCAAGAAGCAGAUCAAGCGUCAGCUGAACCGCGAUAUCAUGCACUUUGCGAUGAUGCAGUUGUUCGCCAUCGAUAGCGUCAGGAUCGACCGUGUAUUCAGCGUCGGGAUGCCACCGAAGACAUUGAUUGUCCCCGAUUUGCUAACCGUGAACGAAAGACGUCACAUCAACGAGCUUCUUCGUGACACAUAACGAAACAGCAUCUCAUUGUGCUCCCAACUUUCAUUGUGUACGAUAUGUAUCGACAUGUGCGAUCGAAUAAAAUUUCCAUUGAUACAUUGAAUAAAGUGGGCGAGUCUAUUUUCUUCCUUUAACAAAAAGGUAAACAGACUGCCGAAACUAUCACGCGAAAUCAGAAGAGAAAACAAAUUCGAUUCGACUAGGAGGGAAACAAAGAAAUUCUCUUACUUUACGUGUAUUAAAUGGUUAAACGUGACGUUUUCUCGGGAUAAUGAUAACAUGAAAGUAUUAUAAUACAUUUUCAUUUUGAUUAUUUUUAUGAAUUCGAUGAGAGCAGAAACGUAGGAUGUUUCGUAACAAGUAUCAGCAUGGACUUAUGUCUGUUUUGUACAGCUGCGGAUCACGCCCGCUAGAGUUAUGGGAUAUGCACGUAAGUUCAUCGAUAUAAAGAAAACAUAAGGAAAGAUAACUCUAUUUUAUGAAAUUAAUAAAUAUAGUUUCGCGGUCAGAUUUAUCGCCAUUAAAUUUCUCCAAAUAGUAUAUCUGUUCAAGUUAGUAAAAUAAAUUCCAUUGCAUUUAAUCUAUUUGCUCCGAGUAUCAAUCGUCUCGAACAGGUGAAGAAUGGAUACAUUCGAAGAGUAACAGACGACGAAGUGAAA